ACUGUCAUUUUGUAUGAAACUUUACUAGGGUAAAGCGUAAAUAUCUGUAUACAUUAACUGCUUGAUUAAACAACUAGUCCGAUUGAUAUAUUGGAAGUUAUUCAGCCUCUCAGCUCGCUGGCGAGUCAGCUAUCCCAGCUACCCCACUGUCGACGGACUACUCUUCGCUAAUGUUAGUUGCGCUAACCUGCUAGCUCCGAGUUAGCAUCUAAAGGGUUGCGCAUUCGAAAUGAUUCCUAUUCUUUCAGUAAGGCAGAGAAAACUACCUGUUGUGUCUGAGUGGCAAAGCAGUUAAUUGUUUCCUCGUAUUAACAGCUGAAUUAUGUAAUACUUUCACAAUGUUGACAUGAUUCUUUGUCUUUCCUUCUUCGCUGUGCGUUUACAUGGAGACCUUUAGUUUGCCAUGUCCCGCCCCCGUAGAAUACUGAUUGGAUGCUUAGUGGUUCCGUCAUGACUAUGAGGUCGGUGAUUGGUGACCAAGCAGGAUGACAACGCCAGUUUUGCUGCUUUACUCCCUUUGCCUUUAACAUGGCCUUCCGUAGCUACUGUUUUAACUUGGCUAAUAUUAGCUCACAUGAAGACAACGUUGUUUUUUAGGUGUGCCUUUGUAUUCGUUUGCAGUGAAAGAGUUAUAUGUUUAUUUAUCCUUUAUUGAAUUAGAUGGAUAUGCUAUAUGUGGCUUCCGGUUAAAAGUGACCAACGUAAACUGGAUUUACUGUGGCUUCUCUCAGUCUCAUGCUGGCGAUGUCUUUCGGUAGAAAAUGGAUGGCGUUGCUUAAACUGCCGUUUUUCGCUAGAGAUUAGUGACUGAUCAGCCGAAGCACUUUUCACGGUGAUGGACCCUCCUAGUGGGGGAGACGAACGGCGGAGGCAGGCAGAGCGUCUUCGUCGAGAGGAGGCCUACUAUCAUUUCAUUAAUGAAUUAAGUGAGGAGGAGUACCGCCUAAUGAGGGACAGCAACCUGCUGGGCACUCCUGGUGAGGUAACUGCUGAGGAACUUCGCCAGCGUCUUGAUGGAGCUAAGGAGCGAGUGUCAUCUCAGCCCCGUACUGAGCAGCAAGCACAGACUGCUGAUUCUGGAGAACAGCAAGGCAGUAGCGGGGAUGGAGAGGAGAGAGGGGCUGGAGGGAGACGAACAGCAGGGAGCGCAGAACCUGGAGCGGAAGCAUCAAAUGGGGACUCAUUACUGGAGUGGUUGAACACUUUCAGGCGCACUGGAAAUGCAACUCGCAGUGGGCAGAGUGGGAACCAGACAUGGCGAGCUGUCAGCCGGACCAACCCAAACAGUGGAGAAUUCCGCUUUAGCCUGGAAAUCAAUAUCAACCACGAUCAGCCGGAGCCAGGGGAGCAUAAUGACACCUCAGACCCUGCAGAGUUGCCAGUAACUGCUCCAAACACGACAUCGGCCUCUAUACGCACCGCUUCCUCCUUCUCCAACCCUCGGCCUUCAACUACACCAAGGCCAGCCCCUUACCCUUCCCCCCGCCCAGCCCUCAGUCGGAGGAUGCAGACUCGGCGUACACGCAGCAGUACUACUACUCUUUCUAUGAGCCCCCCUGCUCUUCCCACACCAGUGGCCCCCCAAACCACUGCCCAGAGAAGAGGUUCUACUUUGCACUCUUUAGCUCCACCCCAAUCUGUUCCCACCCCUCCUCUUGACCAAACUGCACCUUUACAACUUCAAGCCCCAAAUGCAGAAGAGCAUGGGCGUGAUAAUAUGACCCCUCCUCUAGACUGUCCCCGUGUGUCACCUGAGUCCGGGCCUCAGGUCCCAGCAGUGGGACAUGAAUCACGUGGCAGUAGGACUCGAACACGUGGACGCACACGUAGGGCGGCGGCAGGUCCCAGCAGUAUUUCAUCACGCCUCACAAGGCGAAGUCGUUCACCCUUGCACAGAACACCUGUUUCCAGUAUCACUCCUCCAUCAAACACUGGAAUCAGUGGCUCUAGCAUCCACACUGUUGAGCCAAACAGUAGUGCAAAUUCUGUGUCCAUGGAGACAGAGGAGGUUGUGACAGAACCUGCAGCUGUAACAGAGCCUGCCAUAGAGACAGGAGAACGUGAGAGUGAGUCACAUAUUACCGGAGGAGGAAGUUCUGCAGUACGCCGGCAUCCAACUAUCAUGUUGGACCUGCAAGUAAGAAGGAUUCGACCUGGAGAAAACCGUGACCGUGAUAGCAUAGCUAGUAGAACGCGUUCUCGUGCCCGGGUUGCUGAGAAUACAGUCACAUUUGAAAGUGACAGUGGAGGAUUUAGACGCACAAUCUCCCGCUCUGAGCGAGCAGGUAUCCGCACCUAUGUGAGCACUAUCCGAAUUCCCUUGAGGCGCAUUAGUGAGACAGGCCUGGGAGAGCCAAAUUCUACUGCCCUUCGCUCCAUCUUACGCCAGAUCAUGACCGGAUUUGGAGAACUCAGCUCAUUAAUGGAGACAGAAGCAGACUCUGAAAAUGUUGCCCCUAGUCAUGCUGAUGCUAGUGGUACAAACAAUAGCACUAGCCCAGCUGGUCAUCUGCACUCAAAUGAGAGGGCAGCCGGUCAGGUUGGUACAGGUGGGACAGAUCAGGAGAGACUAGGGUUGAUGGGAACUGAAGAGGACCAUGGUGGGCAGGCAAGGCUCGGAGGAGGUGUAGUGAGUACCACAGAGGGGCGGGCCACCAGCAGAGACACCAACAACCUCGUAGAGAAUGGCACUUUACCCAUUCUGCGGUUGGCACACUUCUUCUUGCUGAAUGAUGAAGAGGAUGAUGAACACCCCCGUGGCCUGACCAAAGAGCAGAUUGACAAUCUAGCCACACGUACCUAUGGCCAGGCUAGUUUGGAGGGGGAGAUAGGCCGUGCUUGCAGUGUCUGCAUUAAUGAGUAUGCCCAGGGCAACAAGCUGCGCCGUCUGCCCUGUUCUCAUGAAUUCCACAUCCACUGUAUCGACCGCUGGCUCUCUGAUAACAACACCUGUCCAAUAUGUAGGCAACCCAUACUUGGAGUGCAUCAUGAUUGACUUAUUUGCUUAUAAACACAAAUGUCAUGUUCCUGGCUGGCUUAACUGAGCAGACCCAAGUGGGCUUUGCAUGUACAUAGCGCUUUUCAUGUUAAAUUUCUUUAAGGUUGUUUUUGAAGGUUUGAAGCAAAUGUAUGAAAAAAGAAACUAUAAAUGCAGAGAAUUAACAACUUUAUUUUUUUAGACUUUGUUUUCAAUAUGUUUUAUUUUUUCUUCCUGUGACCAUUUCCACUGGUCUUAGGCCCACAUUAAUGGAUGGCAUUAAUGCUUAAGGAGCUCUUGUAGCUGCUGCUGACUAGUCUCACAUUAACUUCUCAAGGUCUGAAACAUGUGAUAUCUCCUUGCUACAACUGGACUACACCAUUCACUUCUAACUUGAUUUAUAAGCUGUAAAUAUUUAAUCUUUGCUUAUAUAUAAUGGUUUUGAGGUGCAUUGCUCCUCACAUGCCAUCUGUCAAGAAUGGAAUCAGGAAACUUUUUUUUUUAACAGUCAUCCAUUUUAAAGGUAAUCUCAGUUCAUAUUUUUUACUGUCACUUCACAGUCAUUUAAGAAAUGUCUUAUUUACUGGGAUGUGUAUGAGCUUUGAAUUUAUUUUUAAAAAAGAUUUAUUCAAUAGUUUUUGUAUUUUUUGUUAAACCCUCCACAUAUUCAUAGCCCAUGUAAUUAUAAUACAGAUUUCACCUAUAAAGUCACUUUACAAUCAUUGACAUUACUUGCGUGAGCAGCACAAUUUUAAUUAAAUGCAGUUAACAACUGGUAAUCAGGAUGUCCGUGUAAGAAUUUAGUAUGAGUUGUGCAAUAAGGAGAGGAAAAACAGUGUUGUUUGUGUUGCUGUUCACCGUUUACACUGUAUUGCUUAAAUAUAGUCUCCAUCUAAACAAAGUCUUGUCAGUCCUGAAUUCAAUGUUCUCUUAAUUCCUGUCACUGUUGGAUCCAUACCUGCCAGACACCCUGGUGCAAUGUCAAAAAAACAGCAUUAGUAGUUAGCUUGACAGAUCUGCUAAACAAAAACUUGGAACCCAUUUAAAUGUAAAACAUGACAUUUGAUUUUAAAAAGGAAAUGCUGCUCUGGGUUUUCAUGGUACAUUUGUCCAGCUAAAUUGCCUCAGAAAUUUUUCUUCAUGAUAUUUGGUGAAAACGGUCAAUGUCCAGAGCAUCUACUGUAGCUUUGACUCCAGAGCGAUGUUUGUUUUAACAGUAGAGCUUUCAAUUAAGUCAGAGUGCAAUGGUCACAGUCUAUUUCAGUUCAACAGUACUAGUGCUACACCUAUGUAAGGCAGUGUUUGUAAUAUAUUACUGUAUGCUCUUUUUGAUUUUUUUUUUUAACAUUACAUACACAGAUCGUGACUUUUCUAGUACAGCACAGAUGAGUUAUUUAGCUGAACCCCCAGUUCAAUGUGUUGCCAUCAGGGUCACUUUGUGCAUCAUCAGUAACCGUAUGCAGGAGAAACUACAUCUCUGCCGUUGACAUGUGACUUAAGAAAACUGCAGGAAUGAUACAGUAGAGUAUAUAAGAAUGUGUGAUAGUGGGGUAAGUGUGUAUGGCUUUAUGUGUGCGCAUGUGAGUGUGUGGAUGCUGAAGGAAAGAUCCAGCGUACCAAUAAACCUGGUUCUCAGAAAGCUUCUGUUCAGUUAAUGUCCACCUUAGAAGUGAAAAAAGGUUGUGGCCACACAGUUCAGGAGUGAUUAUUUAUUCUGUUCCUAUUUAAUAAGAUGGAAAUAAACUUUUGAAAUAUGAAUUAAGUAUUAUGUUACAAUGUGAUGAGAGUAAAUAAACAGUUACAGAAUAUGUUACUAUGUAAUAAAAUGAAAACAUGUGUUUUCUUCUCUGCUCCUUAAUAAUGGAAUAAAAUGCAGCUUUGUUAUGCCUGGA